GUUUGUAAAAGUCAAGAACGAUGGAAGAAGAAAUUAUUAAUAGUCCAAAAAUAUCAAAUUUCUGUUCGCGGGCUGACAUUAAUCAGUCGAUGCUGAACAAAUAUACACAGGAAGCGUUUAACUUUAUUUUAAAAACGUCGAUUAAAUCUUCAUAAAUAAUUUCACUUUCACAAGUGUCACGCACGUUUUUGAAUCAACGUCAACAUUUAUACUCGUCAGUUUAAUAUGAUUACUAUUAGAAAACUACGGAACCAAAUAUUAAUUUCAAAUUACGAAAACGAUGAUCAAGGAGUAAUCGAUUUGUAAUCGAUGUUGGAAUGUCGAAAAUAGAACUGUUUCGCGCUCCUUCGAUUCCGAAAGAUCGAAAAAACAAAUGAUGGAUUACACAACCUAAAUUAAAAUUUGUACAAAAUUUUUCUUGAUCACACUUGCCAAAAUUCUCCGUAAAUAUACUCGCAUCGAAUUGUCAAUUAUGUUUGGACGACAAAUUUUUUUAGACUCAAUGAACAAUGAAAGCCAGCAAAGAAGACGCAACGAACUUCUUCGACAAUACUUAGAAAAUCAGAGGCAUGGAACACCGUUUACCGAACUGGCAAUUCCUUCUUUAAGAAACGACGGACUAACGCUCGAUUUAAAUUUCAUUCUUCUCGAGGAUGCAGAUCGCGUUCGAUCGAACGAGAUGUGUUUUCGAACGUUAGUACAAGAAAACAAACAACUUAGACAAAUUUUUGCCGAACUAUUAUUAAAUUACUCGUUAACAUAUUUUAAUAAUCGUAGGAAUGCGUGUAACCGACAUUUACUGGAGUAUAUACGACAAAUGGAAGAAAGAUACGUAGCCAUGGAAAAGGAACUGAUCAGGACCAAAAUGUUGAUCCCUGUAAUAACACGAAAUAGCAAAGUCGUACAUCAAAUGGUAAUAACAACGCGUUAUCGAUACUUUUAUUAUUCACAAACGGAUAUGAACUGGGAAGGAUUUUCUAUCGCUAAUAAGUAUGGAUCUCCUUGGGAAAAUCCCUGUAACAAAUAUCAAGAAAGUACAAACGUUUCAUUGCGAAAAAAAAAUCAUUCUACGAAGAGAAGUAAAGAAUUGAACGGUAAAACUUUCGGCGAUAUAGAUUGUACGAAGAAGAAAAUCUCACAGAACCCGCAAAAUGACAUUUAUUCUAUGAAACAUUCUACUAAUAACUUUUAUCGGGACAAAACGUUAAUUAACAAUUCAAACGCUGCAUACGUAACACACAAGGCUCCUGUAUUUCUUCCGCAAACUUCGAUUCGGUCAAUGAAUGUCUUCAAAUGCGAUAAAAUGAAUUCUAAGGUAACAUUAAUUAAAAUAUGUGUCGGUUUUGCAAAAUUUAUCGCGAUAUGCGUAUACAGGAUUGUUUAUAUUAAUUUGCAGAAACGAUUCGAUUUCUUUGAUCGUAAAAAGGCACCGACUACAAACGAUCAAGUAAGUUUCUUAUUAAAUUACAAUUGUUCGAAAUAUAACGAAACGAGUAAUAAAAUUCGAUGUGUCGUGUUUCUGGAAGCAUGCCAAAGCCUCGGCGAGAAACACGAAUCGGAAGCGUCGUUCCAUACUGACUUCGACAUUAAACACGAGGAUCAUACGCAAGCCAGUUGCACCAUAAACACAUCAGAAUUUCAGCCGAUAGCGAGAUCGAAGGUUACGAGCGAUGUUUCCGAACGGAAAUUUGAAAUUGAUCAAUCAACCACCGAUCGACAAUCGAAUCCCCGUUCCGACGAGAAAAGUGCAUUUAAAAGGAUGAAAAUGCUGGAAAAUGCGAAUGUGCAUCGUAAAGAAAAUUUCCAUCCAGGUCAAACGUAUCAAAGUAAUCGUAAUCCUUGCAACAAUCAGUGGAAGAAGUUGUCUUGCGACAGGACGCGUUCUGUAAACGAUCCUGCAAGAAAUUUCGCUCAUUUAGUAGAGAAACGGAGGAAAGAAACGUAUAAAACAAUUCCAACACCACGAAGCAACGUUCACACUGCUUACGCUCCCAUGGUUCAACCAUCCACGUGGAACCCCAUGUUAGACACCAAUGGAUUCACCAUUCAAUUACUGAGACUCGCUGUGUUACUUUAUGCUCCAGCGUUGAUGCCAGCCCUAAACCUACUGAUCGCGCGACAAAAUGCUCAAACCUCGAUUCCUAUUCCAUGCACGGAAGGUUCGAACGAUUUAUUGACUCAAAUCUUUACAAUUUUGAACAAUCAGCAGUCUGUGCCAAACUUACCGUAUGUAUCGAGUUCUAGAGUCGGGCAAAAUCCACGAUUUCCGAUCGAAUCUACUUCGAGGAAUUCAAUGUCGAAUUCAAACCCGCAUUCCGAAAAUAUUGCGAAGCAACUUCGAGAUGGAAAUUGUGACACGAGCAGACAGUUCGAAAAAAAUUCGAUCGCUGUGAAUACUUCCCUGGAAGCGAGCACUUGUACCGACACGAAUAUGUCGUCUGCACAAUAUAAGAAAAGUAAUUCAUACGAUCAGUCGGAAGUAAAGGAAGAAAUACCUGAACAGAUAAACGAAAGAAAAUAGAAAUUCUCUGGGUUGAAAGGUACAG